CUCGUUUUCGUAAAACCGGAAACAAUCAUGUCCAGGAAUUUAUUUCGAAAGUGAUUAUUUUCGACGGUUUCUACAAAUGGCUGAGUUAACAAGCACGCAGACGGACCAGGAAUCGUUUCAUUGUCCAAUAUGUCUCGAGAGGUUAAAUAUUCCUCGAUAUUUGGCAUGUUUACACACAUUUUGUGAGGCAUGCAUUCAGACGUACAUAUCAAGUACGGCAACCCAAGAGGAAAAAGAUGAAUUCAAUGUCAUCAACUGUCCAGUGUGUAGACAACAGAUUAAGGAACCAGAAAAGGAUAUUUCUAGUGAAGAUUGGGCGAAAAGUCUCCCACUUAAUAAGUGGGUUUUGACCAUGACAGCGAAUUCAGAGACUAAUUCGGUAAUCAAUUGUUUGGUUUGCAAACGAAAGAAUGAAACAGUCCUGGCAAAUCACUGGUGUAAAUCAUGUGCAGAACCGAUUUGUGAUGAAUGUAAAGAUAUUCAUUCACGAAUACUAAUUCUACAGAGUCAUAAAAUUGUCGAGAUGAAAAAUAUUGUGAAAUGGAAUGAAGCCAUUGAUAUAGAUGAAAAUUGUGCCAUUCACAAAGGAAAAAUAGUUGAUAUUUUUUGUCGAGACCACAACAAACUGUGCUGUUGUGUGUGUUUUGCAAACCAUCAUAGGUGGUGUACAAAUUUUGAUUCAAUUGAUGAAAUUGUGAUGAACCUUGAUAAAAGCGAUAUGACAGAAAAACUAAAAUCGCAAGUAUGCCUACAUGAUUGCAUUAUGGAGCUACAGGAAAAAAAUAACAAACAAACUAAUGCUCUAUGUGCUUCAAAAGACGACAUUUGUUCUUCAUUUGCAAAGAAAAUUGAAGAAACCAAGAUGCUUAUAGACCAAGCACAUGAGCAGUGGCGUAAACGUUUCGAGUUAGAACAUGCUCAACACAUGGACAAUAUGGAAGUCGUUUCGGAUGAGCUGAAACGAUUUGAUACAACAGUGAUUGAAGCAAAAGCGAUGCUUUCCUCUGUCCUAAAAAGUGGUUCUGACCGACAGAUUUUCCUUGUGCACUGGAAAUUGCACUCUCAAAUUAAGGACCACUUCCAUCAUUUGAAAGCCUUGAAAAUUUGGGACUUAGCCGUGUCUUACAGUUCUGAAACAAAACAUCUUGAUAAUAUUACCGAGGCGAUGAAAUUUGAGGACGUCAUAGUUGUAAAAAACCACUGUGAUGCCACACAACGAAUUUCUUUAAUCGAUAAAUCUCUGUUGUUUGAAAUAGGUUUACCGAGACCUCAACAAUGGCUAGCAAGUAAGGACUUAAUGAAAUCAAGCUUUCAAAAGAUUUCAGAAUUUGAAACAGAAGACAUUGUAUAUUUUGGAAUAUUUAUUGAUGACGAAAGAGCUAUUAUUUCCAGCGAAACUAAGAAAUCAUUGGAUGUGUAUGAUACUUCUGUAACUAAUGGAAAAAAAAUGGUAUGUACACACAAAUGUGAUGAUAUUCCGUAUGACAUGUGUUAUGCAUAUGGCAUGAACAAAAUAUAUGUAGCAUUUGGGCAGUUUAUUAUACUGUAUGAAAUAAAACGUCGAGGCACAGAGUUAACUAAGCUCGAAAAAAAUCCAGUUGAACGAAAUGUAAAGGGAAUCACAAGGACAUCAGAUGGAUUCUUUACGGCCAAUAAUUCAUCAGUCUCCUUUCGUUGUAGUGAUUUUUCUAUCAAAUCUAAUCUACCUUAUGUUAUGACAGGAAACAACCCUUUCAUUUGUUCGACAUUUUGUGGUAAAAAGGUAGCAUACAUCAAAGGAAACAGUGUCAUUGUCACCGAUACUAGGGGAAAUAAAUUGUCGGAAUUCGUUUGUUCCUCAAGAUCUCCGAGAGGAUUAUACUCCGACUCUGAUGAUAAUAUUUUUGUUUGUUUCUUCUCUGAGCGAAUGGAGCAAAUAAAAAAUGUUGGUAAACCAAGUCGAAAUAUAGAUAUGAAAAGUCCUUAUCACAUUGUGUUCCACCCAGCAGGUCAUAAACUGAUAUGCUUUUAUCUUGGCCAAAAUCCUUGCAUAUUUGAGAUCAGAUAAUUGUGAAAAUUGUCUGGACUUACAUUAAUGACUUUACUGUUCACAUAAUAA